GGGGACAAUAUCAGCUUGUCUGAUUCCUCGCAUACGACUAACUGUUCGAGAAUUUUCGGCAAACCGCUGUGAUUUGAGAAUUCACCAGCGUUACAAUUCGCCUCCGCUUUUUAUGAGGGGCGCUCUGCACUCGACAGCCCACCAACAAACCAUCUCUGCGUAAAAGAUUGCAUAUCGCAUACAAGAAACCAUCGCGAUGGCGGCCGUACACGAACGAUCCCAACAGCGCCUAGCGCCUGGCCUUUCCCAGACACAGACGGAGACGCAGAGCAGGACGGGCACGCAAGCGAUCCUCCGACUGAGGGGCGCGCAUGCUCCGUCACGGCAAUCGGUGCGCUGGGCUGAGGACGUGGUGGAUAACGAGGGCCUGGGCCGCAAGAGCUCAAAAGUCUGCUGCAUCUACCACCGCCCAAAGGCCGUCGACGAAUCCAGCGAUGAGUCCUCGUCAGAUUCAUCGUCCGACUCGUCCGACUCGGAAACAGACGACGGUGGCAGACGGAGGAUACCCUCGGGCGACCACAAGGGCAAGGGGAAAGGUACCAAGCGGGACCAUGACCACGACUGCGGGGACCAUGGUCACGACAACCAUAGGCACGGCAGGCAGGGCGGUCGAAGUAAUAAGGACAAGAAGACAAGGAGGCCUAGCCCGAAUGCAUACGAGAGAGUGCCGAAGCCGCCCAAGCCCAAGGACGGGGCAAGUGAGGAGAGUAAAGGUUCUGGGGCUGAGGCUUGAAUGGGAAGGUUGUCUCUGCAUUCGUUGGCGUUGAAAGGGAACUUAUUUUGGUUAUGUUUAUCGAUACGGACUUACAGCCCUUGGCAUGGGCGUAGCGGGAAACUGGGAUGAAUGCCAGAGGCAUAGAGGUAGAGGUGGUUUAUUCUGUCCGGGCAACAUUACUUUUCGUAUGACACUGCAGACUCAUAGGUGCGAUUAGGCAUCCGGAAGAUGCAAUUCUAGAGCCUCCAAGCAUCGUGCACUGUCAUGGUGGAAUUUGGUAAUCACUCGUGGUGAUCAAACCCGUGGGAGGGUUGGCAUCCCUCGUGCGCCGGCGGCGGC